UUCUAUUAUGUAAAUAUCCUAAAAGCUCUAUUCCUAUCGAUGAGACAAGAGACUGUAUGAAAAUGUGAGCAUUACGUAUUUUCCAAAUACUCCACAGCCCAAAUAGAAGUUGACCGAAAAUAGUUGGGAUUGAUACAGUUCAUUUUUUCUUUAGUAAUUGCAUCGUUACAUGCUUGCCAUUCUCGACUGGAGCUUCUAAAAUCUCCAUUAAUGGCAAUCUCAAGACAAUCAACACUUAGUUGGUGGAGAAAAUUAAGCAAAAAGGACCUAAUCACUGCAGCUAUUGGCUUAGCACUCAUCCUCUUCUCUUUCUCUUUCCUUUUCAAUUCCUCUAAAAAAGCUGAUGUCUUUACUCUUAACUCUGAUUAUGUCCCAUUAACUCUCCUUCGCAAUGCCAAACAAACAGGAGCAUUUUGCUUGGAUGGGAGUUUGCCCGGGUACCAUUUUCAGAAGGGAUUUGGAUCCGGAUCCAGCAAAUGGGUUCUUCACAUUGAGGGUGGAGGUUGGUGUGAUUCAGUAGCAACAUGUGCACUUAGGAAAGCAACAGCAUUAGGUUCCUCAAACUUCAUGGAACAAGUUCAAUUUUCUGGAAUUUUGAGUCAUGACCCAGCAGAGAAUCCUGAUUUCUUCAACUGGAACAAAGUCAAAAUACGUUAUUGUGAUGGUUCAUCUUUUGCGGGGCACUCGGAAAAUGAGUUUCAUAAUGGAACAUAUCUUUUCUUCAGAGGUCAGCUCAUAUGGAAAGCAGUAAUGGAUGAACUUCUAGCUAAGGGAAUGUCAAAUGCUGGACAGGCUCUUCUUUCAGGAUGCUCCGCCGGUGGGCUCGCCACUAUGAUACACUGUGACGACUUUCGUGCUAAGUUGCCGAAGACUGCUACUGUGAAGUGUCUUGCUGAUGCAAGUUUUUUCCUGGAUGAGAAGGAUGUCAAUGGAAGGCACACUAUGCAAUUGUUUUAUAAGAAUGUGGUUAAUCUUCAUGGUGCAGCCAAAUCUUUGCCUAGAGAUUGUGUUGCCAAAAUGAGCCCGUCCUUGUGUUUCUUCCCUCAACAAAUCGUUGAAAGCAUAAAAACUCCAUUAUUUCUUGUAAAUCCAGCAUAUGAUUUUUGGCAGCAUGUCUUGGUACCAGCUGCAUCAGACCUCCCUGAUGAAUGGCGAAGAUGCAGACUUAAUAUUCAGAAUUGUAGUUCACAUCAAAUGGACAUAUUACAAGGUUUCCGGAACUCUUUGCUAAAUGCACUGGGUGAAUUUAAGAAGAAGAAAGAAAGAGGAAUGUUCAUCAAUUCUUGCUUCAUUCACUGUCAAACUUGGAUGGCAACAUGGCAUGGGCCCAAUUCUCCGAAACUCAACAAUAAGACAAUUGCAGAGAAUGCAGGUGACUGGUAUUUCAACAGGGAACAGACAAAGCAAAUUGAUUGCCCAUUUCCAUGUAAUCCUUCGUGUCUCAACAUGGAUUUCACACAAGCUUGAUAUAGAGAUUUCAUACUUGGAUGGAUGAUUUACUUGCAAACAGAGUGGUAACAACAUUGGUAAACAUGACAACAAAUGCCGGUUUUGUUUCUCACUUGUAUAUCAGUUGUAACGAAUAGAUUAUUAGGUCGAUCUUCAAAAGGUCUUGCGCGCACAUAAAUUUGUUGUACACCAAGAUAACUUUUACCUAUUUUUUUUAUAACUUUAACUUGUUUUUGAUUAACUUUUAUAUUAGUAUAAAAAAAGUUGAUAGAUAAACAUUUUAAAGGGUUAAAUAAUGAAUUUUAUACAUUAGUAGUGA